AUGGAGUUUUUCACAUUUUCUCCAGAGAUCCACUGCUUUUCGGAACUGCUUGACUGCAGUGAUGGCGAUGAAGAGGAAAUACUAGAAUUUGGAGACGAUUUACAGCUUAAUCCUUUUGAUGGCUUGCCUUACUCUUCCCGUUAUUAUAAGCUUAUGAAAGAAAGACAAGAACUUCCAGUAUGGAAAGUGAAAUAUACUUUUAUGGAAAGUUUGCUUCAUAAUCAAAUUUUGAUUGUGUCAGGAGAUGCUAAGACUGGCAAGAGCUCACAGAUCCCCCAGUGGUGUGCCGAGUACUGCCUGUCCUCUGGCUACCGGCACGGCGUGGUGGUGUGCACCCAGGUGCACAAGCAGACAGCCGUCUGGCUGGCCCUGCGCGCAGCCGAUGAGAUGGAUGUCAGCCUCGGCCAUGAAGUGGGGUACUUCGUCCCGUUUGAAUGCUGCUGUACAACAGAAACCAUCCUGAGAUACUGUACAGAUGAUAUGCUGCAAAGGGAAAUGAUGUCUGCUCCUCUUCUAAACUCCUAUGGAGUCAUCAUCCUGGAUGACGUGCAUGAAAGAACUGUUCCAACUGAUGUGUUACUUGGCAUUCUCAAAGGUGUCUUGAUAUCAAGACCAGAACUGAGGCUGGUAAUACUCACUGCACCUCACAUGUCCAUCAGACUGCAGAAUUACUGCGGCAGCGUCCCCUUCAUAAGAGUGGAAAGCAAACACCAUGCAGAGGUUGUAUAUUCCUGCAGCAUUCAGGAAAACCAUUUUCUGUCUGCACUGAGACUGCUCUUUGAGAUACACCACUCAAAAGAGAAGGGUGACAUUGUGAUCUUCCUGGCAUGUGAACAAGAAAUUGAAAAAGCCUACCAAAUUAUCAGACAGGAACAGUCUAAUUUAAAUCCUGACCUUGGAGAACUCAUCCCAGUUCCUUUAUAUCCCACAAAAAGAGACUUAAUCCCCAAGCCAAAUCAAGACAAGCAGAAAUGCUACAAAAAAUACAGAAGAAAAGUGCUGCUCACCACAAGCUUUGGAGAAUCUUUGAUUUGGAUUAAAAAUGUAACCUUUGUCAUUGAUGUUGGUGUUGAAAGAAGAAAGGUGUACAAUCCUAGAAUCAGAGCAGACUCUGUUAUAAUGCAGCCAAUCAGCAAAAGCCAAGAAGAGAUGCAUAAACAAAUUCUGGGCAUGUCUUCAUCAGGAAAACUCUUCUGCUUGUAUCCUGAAGAAUUUACACACAAAGAAAUGAAACCAGAUUUACCAGCCAAAAUACAGGAAUCAAACCUGACUAGCAUGGUUCUCUUCCUGAAGAGGAUGGAUAUAGCAGGCUUAGGACACUGCGACUUCUUAAGUAGGCCAGCUCCUGAAAGCCUGAUGCAGGCUUUGGAAGAUCUCGAUUACCUAGCAGCCCUGGAUAACGACGGAAACCUUUCUGAAUUUGGAAUCAUUAUGUCAGAAUUUCCCCUGGAUCCACAACUGUCAAAGUCGAUUCUGGCUUCCUGUGAAUUCGAGUGCGUUGAUGAAAUGCUCACCAUUGCAGCCAUGGUAACAGCUCCUAAUUGCUUCUUACGCACGCCUCCUGGAACAGAAGAGAUUGCUCUUACUUGCUGGAGAAAAUUCUCACACCCUGCAGGAGAUCACUUCACUCUUAUCAAUGUCUUCAACGCCUUCAGGGAAGCGGCUGCAAACUCCACAAGCCAAUACUGUGCUUUAAGCCAAAAUACUGUUUUUCCCUCCACAGACUACAGUAAUGAAAAAUGGUGUCGUGAUUAUUUUCUAAGCUGUUCUGCACUGAGGAUGGCAGAAAUUAUCAGAGCCGAACUAGUAGAGAUUAUGAGGCGUAUUGAACUUCCCAUUUCAGAACCGGACUUUGGAUCACAAGAAAAUAUACUAAACAUUAAGAAAGCUCUCUUAUCUGGUUACUUUAUGCAUAUUGCUCGUGACAUAGAUGGCUCAGGUAACUACUUAAUGUUAGCACACAGGCAAGUAGCCCAGCUUCAUCCUUUCUCAUCAUAUUAUAACACCAGAAGAAUUCCUGAGUGGGUUUUGUUCCACGAGUUCAGUAUAUCAGAAGACAAUUUCAUCAGAGUCGUCUCUGAGAUAUCCCCUGAUCUGUUCGUGAAGCUGACACCUCAGUACUAUUUUAGCAAUCUUCCUCCUAGUGAAAGUAAGGAUAUUCUGCAGGAAGCGAUCAAUCACUUGUCACCUGUUUCAGCCAUGAAGGAGGAACAGAAAACGAACAAUGACAACAAAGAAAAUGAAAAAUAUCACCAAGCUCCCACGGAACAAAGAUGCAUUAUUCAAUGAUUUUAGACUAUCAUAUAUUAGAUCAAUAUAAAUAAAACAGUAUAUGCACUAUACAUCCCCAUCUUAACUCAUGUA